AUGGAGCUAGAUCCAUCGUCUGGGAUAGAAGGUAUUUACGGGCUCUAAGAAAUACCACCUAAGUAUUUGGGAAGCAACAAAGGCAGACUAUUUCAGCUAUCUCACCACCUGUUGAGUUCUGUUAGAAUGGUAACAUGACAACGAUAUCAUCCCAUCCUAUCCACAGGUGGAAUGGUGCUCAAUCCAUCAUACUUUGGCACCGCCGGACACAAUAACACAAUGAUCCAUGAGAUGGGCCAUAUAUUUGGACUGUAUCAUGUCUUCAAGGGGGUCAGUGAGCGGGAGUCCUGUGAUGACCCCUGUCAGGAGACCAUUCCCUCCAUGGAGACAGGAGACCUAUGUGCAGACACGGCUCCUACACCAAAGUCUAAGGCCUGCCAUGACCCUGGCCAUGUCAACGACACCUGUGGGAUAACGCUCUACCAGGACACACCGUACAACAACUACAUGAGUUACACAGGUAGGUCUACUGUAACCUCUCUGCAAUGCAGUCAGCAUAAGCUAGACUGCGUCCCAAAUGGCACCCUAUUCCUCAUAGUGCACUACUUCUGACCAGACCCCUAUGGGCCCUGGUCAAAAGUAGUGCACUAUAUAAGGAAUAGGGUUCCAUUUGGGACACAUCCCUAGAUUGAGGCAGUGGUGCUGUAUUCCUACUGCAAGACCACAAAGGUCUACUGUAUAUAUGAGGUUACAGUACAUCCAAGUGUAUUGCAUUUGGACUAUGAAUUGCAUAGUAUUGCUAAUUCAUCCACAUCAAACUUGAGUGAUCAAAAUUCCCUUUGCUGUUUAGAUGAUUUCCACUGGGGACAUUGACUCCACUUUACUUUCACUUCUUCUCCUCAGACGAUAACUGCACCAACCAUUUCACACCAAAUCAAGUGGCUCGGAUGCAUUGCUAUAUGGAUCUAGUCUACGAGAACUGGCUGAACGGGAGAAGGCCCACCCCCAUCCCUCUCAAGCCCAUGGUGAUUGGACAGAGCUCAGACUCUGUCUCCAUUCAUUGGCUUCCACCU